GGUAAUUGAGUUUUACCAGUAAACUCAAAGUGUCACCAUUAAAGCUUAAUCAUUGAUCAUAAAUAGUUUGAUGAAAUCAGAAUCUAAAUUCACAAUUAUCAUUGACUUUAACGUUUAUCUUUUAAUGAUCGUCUUAUACUGAUUAUGGCUUAUUAACUGAUAUUGAAAUAUCCGAAUAAUUCAAUAGAGACAAGAUACGCGUCAUCCAAGGAGAUCCGCAAAUUGGAGGUUACAAUUCAAGAUUUUCAUUUCAUCCCGAUUGUUGGGCAAUCAAUAUCGAAGCUUCAAUAACCAUCAACUCUGGUUCAACUUGAUUUAAUUGUGCAAAUAAUUUGUGUGGUUCAAGUCAAAACGGAUAACAUUUAAUUAAGUGGUUCAACAUUUUAUCCUCUGUUUACAUAAACCUUUAUCUAGUGUUGCCACCAAAAAGUUGCCCAACGGGUAUAACAACCAGUAGAUGGCUCUUUGACGUAAAUACUCAUAGUUGAAACUCGCUUUUUUGAAACAAAAUUAAAGCUUUUCUCCAGUUGUAAAAACCACAUAGACUUAACUGUAAUAUAAAUAUUACUCCAAUUAUGUUUAUUUCUUGUGAUUAUUUUUAGUGCUGACCGAACAGUGUUAUUGUUGAUACUUCACGAUCUGACCUUUCCAUUUUGGAUUAAAAUUUGGCCUUCUGAUUUGAAAUAUUUCUUGUUUUAAUCGACUUCCCAUCCUGCAAUAUUUGGACCAUAUUUUAAAAAUCAUCUUUCUGUAUUAUCAUGAAGGCUACUCGAAUCCCACAAUUAUUAGCGACUUUAAAUUCCAGUUUGUUUAAAGAUGUUCCGGACAGGUUGAUGGACAAUCUGUCUCAGUUGUGUGAAUUAACUCAACAGAUUGAAGAUUUUGCCCACCUUUACGACUAUGGGGAUCUUAAAUUCAAUGGAUGUCGAACUUUACUUGAAAUGACUGACCGUUUUGUUCCAAUAGUUAAAGAAUAUCUACUAUCAUCAAAUAUUCCUGUAGAACCAUUGAUUGAAAUGACCAGCUUAUUAGUUAAACUAUGUUCUAUGGUUGUAGCUCUUCACACUAAUAAAUUAAAACCACCAACUUCCACUUCAACAAGCUGGCAUCUUCAUAAUUUCAUAUCUUCUAAAUCUCAUCUUCAUGACAAUCUCAAAUGCUAUUGGGGCUACUUUUCUCUAUUUUACAUCGAGUCUAAUGUUCGGUAUGCACUUCGCCUGUACGCUCUUUUCGUUGGUUUAGUAUCUGGUUUUCCUGGUUCUUUGUCCACCUUAAUUUCACGAAAUUCCCAUGGAUCUAGAAUGGUCAAUUUACUUUACCAGGCAAAUGCUUUUUUCCCUCUUACUAUGUUAAAUUGUGUUAAUAAUCCGUUCACUUCUGUUCUGUCAACUCUACAUUCAAUCUAUCAUCGAACUUUGAUCAAAAAGUUGUCCAUACCAAGACAGACAGAUUGGAUCAUCCCAAAAUCUGGAGGUGGUCGGGUAACUUUUUGUCCAGAUGUUACACCAGUUAGGAGCAAUAAUUUUGGUACAUGUCGUUUGAUGAGUUACACUGAUUGCCAACCAUCAGGAGAUUUAAUAUUCCAUGUGCGAGGUGGAGCGUUUGUCGUUGAUGUUCCUCAAUUCUCUGAUACAUAUCUCAUGGAAUGGGUGCCACAAUUGAACGGUGCCGUCAUAAUGGAUGUUGAUUAUACACGCUGUGUUCGUUAUCCUGUUGCUCUCCAAGAGAUUCUGGACGCAUACCUCUGGGUGACUUCUAAAUCAGAACAAGUUACUAAAACUCUUGGCUUUACUCCUCGCAAGAUAAUCUUUAGUGGUGAUUCUGGUGGAGCUUAUCUCCUUUUCACCCUUUCCGCGGUUCUUAGAGAUAUUCAAAAAAUUUCACCAAAUUCAGUUUGGAUUUUCCCAACUUCCUUGGUUAGUUUUUAUCCAAUUCUUUCAUUCAAUCAUGAAGGUAAAAUACCUUCCUUAAUUUUGGGAUUUAUGGACGCUUUUCUCAACCUCAAUACUGUUUAUCAAGGAAUGUCAUUGUAUGCCUCGGGAAUUACUUUUGAUUCAGACUGUGAACCAUGUUCAAGUUACGAUGAACCUUCAGAUGAAGGCUCCGUUUCAUCAGAAAGCAAAAGAAAUUUAAAUUAUGAUCAAGAUAAAAACAACAACAAUACUCCUAAUCGUUACUCUAAAGAUUCAUUAUGGGAACGCUUUUACAAUACAUGGUUUAACUCUGAUAAAAAUUGGUACAAUUGUGACAAGAAUGCAUUUACUCAACGAAGCUCCAAGAUCUUGACUGAUUCCAUGGCACCUUAUAUCUCACCAAUGGUUUGCUAUGAUAUAAAUAGCCUUGAUGACUUGUCAAUAUACUUAAUUACUGGCCAAUUUGAUCCAUUUCUGGAUAUGGCUCUUGAAUACGCUAAAAUCUGGAAAGGAAAAGUUAAAGUUGACAUUAUUCCUGAUUUACCCCACGGAUUCCUCAAUAUGACAACCAUAAGUGAUAAAGCAAAUCAAGGGGCUAAUGUCUGUCUAUCAAGACUCAUUGAAGCCCUUCAAGAAUGAACUCCUCUAUAAAAUAUCGUUAUUUAAUCUAUGAGAUUUUUACCUUGCCAUAUUUUUUAUUUCAACUUAGCAACACUAACUUUAUAUUGUAAUAAUUGUUGAGAUUUAAUUUUUAUUUUAGACUGUUUUUUUCCUAGAUUGAUAUUUUGUAAUUACCAGACCAACAACGGUUACUUUCCAUCUCGCAUAAAUCAAGAUAACCCUGUUACAUUUUGGAGGACAAAGUUAUAUUUUAUCAAUGAUUGGAAAAUACUGACAACCAAAUAUCCAAAGAUUUAGAGAUUAAAUGAUUUAAUGACUCUGUAAUUGCUAUUUUAAAUUACUCUUUAUUCACUCAUGUUAAAUGCUCUUUCAAAGCAUUUAAUAUCCAACCUUGAAUGCUAUCUAUUAUUUAAAAUAUCAAUGACAAGAAUGCAAAGGAAAUUAAAUGAUACCCUAAUAAUGGUUAACAAUUUUACCUUUCCUAGAUUUUUGUUGUUAAAAGACAAUUUCUUUGUUGAUUAUGACAAUUGUUGACUGUGAGACUUAAUUUAAUAUAAAUGACGAAUGA